UUCCUCCUAACACGUUCAAAUCUCACUUUCCAUCCUUUUCACUAUAACAUCACACACAAUCUCUAGAACUCUCUUUCUAACUCACAUAAAUAUAUCUUCCAAAAGCUACACAAACAACAAGAUUCAUUCAACAAAGAAGAACAAAAACAUGAAUUCCAAAUGGAUCUUUUUUCUACUAACCAUUUCAACAAUGUUUGUAAUAGGAACAACACAAUCAGUAUCAUCAGAGAAACCAUUGGUGAAAACAGUUAGGGGAAAAAAACUAUGUGACAGAGGGUGGGAAUGUAAGGGUUGGUCAGUGUAUUGUUGCAAUGAGACUAUCUCUGAUUAUCUUCAAACGUAUCAGUUUGAGAAUUUGUUCUCAAAGAGGAAUGAUCCAACGGCGCAUGCGGUUGGAUUUUGGGAUUAUCGUUCUUUUAUUACUGCUGCUGCACUUUAUCAGCCUCUUGGGUUUGGUACCUCUGGUGGAAAACAUGGUGGACAGAAAGAAGUUGCUGCUUUUCUUGGUCAUGUUGGAAGCAAAACCUCUUGUGGUUAUGGUGUAGCUACUGGAGGACCCAUGGCAUGGGGAUUAUGCUAUAAUAAGGAGUUGAGUCCUGAUCAAUUUUAUUGUGAUGACUACUACAAGUUAACCUAUCCAUGUAGUCCUGGCGCAGCAUACUAUGGCCGCGGCGCCAUACCAAUUUACUGGAAUUACAACUAUGGAAAAAUUGGGGAAGCCUUAAAGGUGGAUCUAUUAAACCAUCCAGAAUACAUAGAACAAAAUGCAACAUUGGCAUUCCAAGCAGCACUAUGGAAAUGGAUGACACCACCUGAAAAGCACAUACCAUCAGCCCAUGAUGUUUUUGUUGGAAACUGGAAACCAACAAAAAAUGACACUUUGUCCAAAAGGGUACCUGGAUUUGGUGCCACAAUCAAUGUUCUAUAUGGUGAUCAAGUUUGUGGCCAAGGUUCUGAUAAUGAUGGAAUGAAUAACAUAAUUUCUCAUUAUCUUUAUUACCUUGAUUUGUUGGGAGUUGGUAGAGAAGAGGCAGGGCCUAAUGAAGUUCUCUCUUGUGCUGAACAAGCUGCUUUUAAACCCUCUGGACCUCCUUCUUCUUCAACAACUUGAAGAGAUUUUUUACUCAUUCUUGGUUGGUUGUUCUUGAAUCAUGCAAAAUAUAAUGUGUAUAGAUUAUUAUGAUGCUAUGUAUUUUGGUUUUUAUAAUCACUAUAUGAUUUGAAUAUAUUUUUGGAACAAUGUAUGUAUGAACUGAAUAAUUCAGCAUUAAGAAUUGUCUCAACAAUUUUGUUGAUA